CGGCGCCCGAGGUUUCCGGUGAGCCGCUGUAGCCGGUUAUGACGACUCCGUGCCCCCGAACGGCGGCCGUCUCCUCCUCCUCCUCCGCAGCCCCGGCUCCCCCGGCUCCAGGCCUGAGGAAAUCCGGUCCAGGAAUACAGAAGAGGAGGGAGCCAGUUGCAUUGCGCUGAAGGAAAGUAGCACAGCGCUGAAGCUUUCAUCUGCUGGAGAAGUGCAGACACCCUGCCCUGGGGGACCUUGCAAGACGACCGCGUUCGGACAGGCUUUCUGCCAGGCCCCGGGGUUGUGCUUUCAUGCUCCAGCAGCCACCCCCUUCUAGCGUAUGCAAGUGGGUUUGGAGGUUGCUAUGUUAAUGCUGCUUAUUCUUGGAGUAUUGCUUCAUGGUGUUUCACUGAGUGGCCAAGAGGAGGCUUCUCCCAAGGCUGAUGGCAUUCCAGGCGAACCUCUGUUUAACUAUGCCAGCAUUCGCUUGCCCCAGGAACACAUUCCCUUCUUUUUGCACAAUAAUAGGCACGUUGCCACGGUCUGUAAGAAAGACUCCCAUUGUCCUUAUAAGAAACACUUAGAGAAUCUAAAGUUCUGCUGGGGUUAUGAGAAAUCCUGCAAACCAGAGUUCAGGUUUGGCUACCCUCUUUGUACCUACGUCGACAUGGGAUGGACAGAUACCCUUGAAUCAGCCCAGGACAUAUUCUGGAAACAAGCUGACUUUGGAUAUGCCGGAGAGCGACUGGAAGAACUUCACGUGCUCUGCCAGCCUGAGGAAACGAAUGACUCAAGUCUGGUAUGUUCCCGUUAUCUUCAGUACUGCAGAGCAACCAAUCUCUAUCUUGAUUUAAGAAACAUCAAGAGAGACCAUGACAGAUUUAAGGAAGAUUUUUUCCAGAGUGGUGAAAUUGGAGGACACUGCACCCUUGACAUUCAUACAUUGAUGUCUCAAGGUCAGCGCAAAAGCCCUCUGCAGUCCUGGUUUGCUGAGCUACAAAGCUAUACUCAGCUCUCCUUCAGACCCAUAGAAGCUGCUGAAUGUGACGUUGUUAUUGAAAAACCAACCUACUUCAUGAAACUGGAUGCAGGUGUUAACAUGUAUCACCACUUCUGUGAUUUUAUCAAUCUUUAUAUUACUCAGCACGUUAAUAAUUCAUUCAGUACAGAUGUGUACAUCGUGAUGUGGGACACCAGCUCCUAUGGAUAUGGUGACCUAUUCUCUGACACAUGGAGAGCAUUUACGGAUUAUGAUGUUAUACAUUUGAAAACUUAUGAUUCCAAAAGGGUGUGUUUUAAAGAAGCUAUUUUUUCCCUACUCCCCCGGAUGCGAUACGGGCUGUUCUAUAAUACCCCUUUGAUAUCUGGCUGUCAGAACACGGGAUUAUUCAGGGCAUUUUCCCAGCAUGUGCUGCACAGACUGAACAUCACACAGGAGGGCCCCAAGGAUGGAAGAAUCCGAGUCACCAUUCUUGCACGGAGUACAGAGUACCGGAAAAUUCUAAACCAAAACGAGCUGGUAAAUGCACUGAAGACAGUAUCUACACUUGAGGUUCGGAUUGUCGAUUACAAGUAUAAGGAACUUGGGUUUUUAGAUCAGCUGAGGAUCAGUCAUAACACGGACAUAUUUAUCGGAAUGCAUGGAGCUGGUCUUACCCAUUUACUCUUCCUUCCAGACUGGGCUGCUGUCUUUGAACUGUACAACUGUGGAGAUGAGCGCUGCUACUUAGACCUGGCCAGGCUCAGAGGGAUCCAUUACAUCACUUGGCGAAGGCAGAAUAAAGUCUUUCCUCAGGAUAAGGGCCACCACCCGACUCUGGGGGAACAUCCAAAGUUUACCAACUACUCUUUCGAUGUAGAAGAAUUCAUGUACCUUGUCCUUCAGGCGGCCGACCACGUAUUACAACACCCAAAGUGGCCGUUUAAGAAAAAACGUGAUGAGCUAUAAAUGUGCCAAGUCUGUUUGUAAAAGUCUGUUUGUUUAAACAUUCCACCACCUAGGCUCUCACAGUUAAAUAAGUAAAACAACUAGUUAUCUCCUAACCCCAAAUUACCUUUUCUGGACCAAAACAUGCCUUCAGGAUAUUACUUACAUGUUUUAGAGUCUUUAACUGUUUCCCGUGAUUUUCAUGUCAUAGCUAUUUAUCAAGAUACUAUUUGCACUGAAAACUUUACUUUUUAUAGUUUAAAAAUAAGGCAUGGGCUCGCUGAUGUAUUUGAGUUUCUUAGGUAUACCAAAGUUGUCAACCUUCUUGGCUUUAGAAUUUGUAAAUGUUUUUGCAGAUGACAAUGGGAUUAUAAUUCUAGUGGCUUCCAAUGUGUUUCUGAUAUAUUUAAGUAAAUUCACAGCAGCUUUUUUUAUUUGCCAAAAUCUGUUCACGACACUUUGUGGUAGGAAAGGAAAACAACAUACUACACACACACACACACACACACACACACACACACACACACUCACACCCCGUUGUGAUUCUCAGCACCAGGCUAUAGGUAGCCUACUCCAUGUCAGAGAUCAAACAAUGUUCUACCCAGGUCUGUUUUACUCUCUCAGAGUCCAAAGUAUCUCCCACAGAAUUCUCUGCUCUAUCUUUUUAAUAAACUCCAGGCUACAUGCACCAAGAACCUCAAUAAACCAUGCCGUUGCAUCAAUUAAUAUUCCCAUAUUUCAUAUGCAAAUCAUGUUUUCCCCAAAUGCACCAACUACAUAUGAUAAAAAUAAAUUAGACCAUCCGUUAGGACUGCUUUGGAUACCUUCUAGCUGGUGGCCACUAAUUCCUUCUUAGCCCUGGAGAGCAGUUAGGUUGAAUUUCUGUAUCACAUGGUGGUUUCGGUGCAGGUAUUCGUGACUGCACACGCCUGUGUGAUGCUUCUGUCUCCUUUUGCACGGGAGUGUUUCCCUUUGAGCUUGCAGACUCCAGAUUAGCUACAUGAAGAGACUUUUUCCCUAUCAAAAACAAAAACCAAAAAAAAAAAAAAAAAGUAAA